UGCAGAUAAAAACCUCUACGAAACGCUGCUAUUAAGAGCCUAUACAUAUACAUGGACAUGAUACGGUGUCGAAUUUAGGCGAGUAUUCAAAAGAGGCUUACAUGUUGGCUGACCCAUCUCCGAACAUCACAAACAUCUGUUUUUAUAUAUCGUUGAUCGUCUCACACCCGACUUCCAAUACAUCUUUCAACUCUCUUAACAACAUGCUAUCUCAGGACAACUUUUCCAGACAGAGAGAAAGAGAAGGGACACCGUUCCCCGAUAAUCUUACACCCAGACCCAUGCCUGUCGACUUGGCUUCGAAUGAUUCACCUGCCACUUUACAUGCUGCUUCCUCUCAGACGCCGCCGCUGUUGGCUACCCUAGCUGAUGCUAGCGAUCUACAGGGAAUUGAAAAAGUUGGUCUGGAGCUGAGUGAAAAGGUACAGGGAAAACAACGAAACGUUGCAGUCAACCAACCUGGAUUGGAAGAAGAAGGAGGGGAAGGGCCGCCUACGAUUUCGCCAACAUCAGUCUACUUCAACAUCGGCCCAUCUUCCGACCUGGCGGGUAAGAGAGCUACCAAAGCUGCCACGCCCGCUUUGCUAUCGAGAGCCACUACCCCCAGCAGGGAAAUGUCGGUACACCUUGAAAAGUAUUUGGAGAGCCCUACCAAUCCACGACGGGAAUUCACGCUGUCUCCACAAACAUCUUUUCCGAAACGUGUCAAACCACAUUCUUCAGACCCAUCUCUCGUCGGACGAGCUAGUAGCGCUUCUUCACCCAUCAUGCUGCGACCGCCUCCUCCUCCUGUUCCGGAAAGGAUCAAUCGUCUCGCGUUUUUGCCAAAUCGCCAUGCCCAGCUUUGCGAGGACGACGGACCAGAAGUACGUGCGGGAAGUGUCUUGCUGGAGACAACCGCCAAAUUCCCGACCCUUGGCACUUUUCUGUUGGAAACACACUGUAUAGGGUGUAUGAAUAAUGAUGAGCAGUCUACAGAAACGCUGGGAGUGUUGUGGAGCGGUGAAAAGGUGACUCAGAUUUGCAAAGGGUGCAAUCUCGUGCGGUUCUGUAGCCAUAAUUGUUGGAUGAAAGAAGGUGAAAGUCAUUUACAAGAAUGUCUCGGUUUGGCAAAGGCCAUUCGCGAAAAUAAUAUCCCUUCAACGCUUGUCAGACUGGUGGUAAAGAUCUUUCGAGAGCAGCGGAGGAAUCCCACGGAAACGUUUCUUCCUGAACAUGAGAUCUUUGACAAUUUUGGAUAUUACGAAGAAUUUGAUGUAGAUCUCGCGGCUCAAGAGAUUGACGCAUAUAUGGAAAACGAUGAGGGAAAAGGUCCAGAGUAUGAGGAGAUUAUGACCACAGUAAGAAAGGUCUUGUCCUGUUCAUUCACCAUGUACGGUGCAGAUGCCGCUCCUGUAGGGUUGUGUAUAUCCCCUGUGAUAUCAAAUGUCGGCCAUGACUGCCGGCCUAAUGCCCAGAUCGUUUUUCCUUUGGGAGCGGUAGCGAAUGGAGGGAUGAAGAUUGUCGCGGUUGAGAGUAUCCAACCCGGAGAAGAGGUCAGAAUUUCCUACGUCCCUCCUACCAUGCCAUGUUACCAGCGAGGCCUAUUUCUGGAAAAGUAUGGAUUCCACCACGAGGCCAACUGCUCAGUUUGCAAUGCAAGUUUAUCUUUUGACAUCCGCUGGGCAGCCAAACAUUAUUGUCAUGGUACGAAAUCAAAUGAUCAUGGAUACCAGGGUCUGCUGAGAAGAAUCACCUUGGCAUCGGUGGAUGGUGAAAAGGAAGAAAUUGUGUCUGCAAGCCCUACUGUUUGUACCCGCUGUGGCGCAGUGGGCGAGGCCAAAGAUAUCAAUCAAAUAUGGGCAGCUGACGCAUUGGCUGUAAUGAGGCCGUUCCAAACUUUGGAAGAAGAAGGACAUUACCUGUCAGACUCCAGGGACGCUGGCCUGGAAAGAUUGGAAUACUAUCAUCAACGCCUUCUCGAAGGAUACUCGUCUGCAACGUAUCCCAUCCCCCUGCUGACCUAUCGCCUCGCGCGGCUGCAGUUACAUGUCGGAGAGGCACGUGGCAAAGCUGAAUUGCUUUUCAGAGGCAUCGAGACUCUGAACAGGGCUUUUCGCGCCCUGUCAAUGGUUUCGGAUAACGUCAUUACCUUUCAGCUGUUCUGGCUGGUAUUCCGUAUGGUUCGCGCCAGGCUGUACGUCUGCGAGCUUUUGAAGGGAGAGUACUCUGCAAAGCCGCCAGGAUACAAGAUACACGACCAUGUCGCCGAGCAUGUGCAUGCUGCUGGGCAGUGGCUUGGGGGCCUGUGCGACUAUGAGCGUGCUCUGCCGCUGGACGGGCGUAUGAGGAGCCGUGUACGGGUUCUGCGAGAGCAGGCAGCUGAGCUUGGGCGGUGGGCGGCUGAGCAUGGGGCUGUCAUGCAUGAGGGUGGGCCACGCGGCAACGUAUAGGAUGUGCAUGCAUAGAAGUAUCCUGC